AUGUCUGUUUGUCAAUCAUUCAAGCAAGAUCACUCUUACAAGACUCAGUUAGAGAUGAUUGAUGAUGAGAGCGACACUGAUUUGGAGAGUGCUUCAAGCGAUAGCGACAUGUCCAGCAUAGAAUAUACUAAAUUCUCCAUUGACCUUCCACCUGUCACGUACAUGGCGAAUGUGAUUGCUAAUCAAUUGAUAAAGACCGGGGAUAGCUUAUAUGGAAGGCGUGAGGAUGCCAAUUGUGUCCUGAAUGUAGGCAGUAUGAGGUUCCAUGUUCAUGUACAGAUGCUUGCUUCUCGUUCUUCAGCGUUCCGACACAUCUUCGAUGAUAUGAUCGCGAACAACGCCUGGGGCCCGCUCUCGAACCUUGCUGUUAAUGCAUCAGCCGAUGAAGUCUUUAAUCGACAGGCUUCUACACUUGCCGACAUCCAUGAUGUUGAUGGAUGUGAAAGCAGUCGGAUGAAUUUCUAUCCGGAGCAGCAGCAUCCUCCAAAAGACAUUGAUCAAGGCAUAAAUCAGCGAACAAUCAAUAAUGUUCAGCCGACAUCAUUGAUGAGUGUGCAGGGCUCUGAUCCUGGGUCUGGUUCUGCUUCUGAUGAACCAAAUGAUGAGGAAGAACCAGGCCAGGAUACUGACGGUAAUGACUCGGACGAUGAUCUACCAGAGUUAACUAUCUCAUUGAUGGAUCCUGAAGAAAGUCGGUUUGAGGAGUUAUUGUAUUGGAUUUAUACUGAAGACAAUGAGCGGUGGCUCCGUUCGUUCACCCCUGGGAAUUACAGGGCAAUCCUUCAAAACAUUCGAUAUCUUAAUCUUCAAUCUCUGCCAGUACUGAAGUUGUGUUUGACAUUUGAACAGAGUACAGAUCCAGCUCUUGGGUUGCAUGGUCUAGCCAUGAGUACUCUCAUGAUACAAUAA